GGACUCAGGAUCCUUGCCGAAGGGGAGUCUCCCCAGACAGAUGCACUGAGGCUUUAAAACAUGCCUUUUAUUUUAUUGGAAGCUCAGUGUAAAUGCUGGAGGGGCUGCUGCUCUGACAGACUACAGAACUUACUCAUGGCUGAACCCCAACUGGAUAUGAAGCCCUCAGGUGAAUAUAAACAAGGCGGCUCAAAUCAACAGUCGCCAACUGAUCCAGAUGAUAAUACCAAACCUGAUGACACCUGCCCAGAGCUGGUACUUAAAGUCAGAAUUCAGAGCCACAAAGAAAAUGACUUCAUUGAAGUUGAACUGGAUAGACAAGAGCUGAGUUACCAAAAUCUACUACAAGCAAGCUGCUAUGAACUGGGGAUUAACCCAGAGCAAGUGGAGAAGAUCAGAAAGCUACCAAACACAUUGCUCAGAAAGGACAAAGACAUUCUAAGACUACAGGACUUUCAGGAAGUAGAACUCAUUUUAAUGAAAAAUGGAAGCUCUGCACUGACAGAAUAUACACCAUCUCUGUUAGAGAAGCCCUGCUACAACAGCAAUGCUGCAAAAAUGACGUAUUAAAUCGCAGAAAUGAAAAACCGGAAUCAAUAUUUUGUAACUAAUGAAGUCUGGAUGCAUCUAACAGUUUGCUAACUUCAUAUGUGUACUUAUUUCCUUGUUGUGCAACUUCUCUCGGCUUGGGAGUAUAGCACGUCUAAAGUACUUUGACACGAGUUUAUUUUGUAAAGUUGUGCCCCAGUCCUGGUCUGCACAGGUGUGCACUCCCGAGGCUCAGGACAAGUGGCUGGGCUCUGUUCACAACUCCAUUAAGGGCAGGGUGAGCUAACCGGGGCUGGGAAAGCCAGGGCCCACUUGACACCCUGGUUUAAAGGUCCUAGCUUCUAAACCCAUCUCUUACCAUCAUUUCCGUCUAACAACUCUGAAAUCUACAAAAUGGUGACAGGGUAACAGGCAGGAAGGCUAGGGGUCCCCAGGCAGCAGACUUUUUUUCUCUUAAACAGGAGGGAACAAAUGUCAGAUACAAUUUUUUCCCUUCUCUAUACAAAAUUAAAAGGUUUAAAAUUUCUAUGUUGUCAUGACACCUGGUUCCACCUGAACUUUUCUCAAACCUUGAGCUAACCAAUGUGUUUUUCUUAUGGAACUGCUUUUCUUAAGCUAUGUUAAUGAACUAUGUAUUUACCUUAGACUCUUUCUUCAAGUCAGUUCCACCUAAGACUCAGAACCAAUAAUGGCUCAACAAACCAGUAUGUUUUACUCAUGGAAAUGUUCUCUUAAGCUAUGUUAAUAAAACUAUGUAUUUGUUCA